GAUGUAGCAAAUGGUAAAUGAUGAUAAAAAUCAUAAAUACAAACUAUUCAAAUUCUUUUAACUUUAUAUUAUUUCAGAAAAUAUGCGAAGAACAACUUACAUAAACAAGCAAUGCGGUAAAAUGAUUGGAAUGCCAAUUCCGUGAAACGAAACGUGAGAAGCCUAGCGUGCUAAACGUAAACAAGGGGCUGAGUGAAAGGGUGACGUUAAUUUAAAAAUUUUAAGCAAAACAAACGACACAACAAUGUGAGUCACACUUGCGCAAUUUUAUACCACAGUGAUCCAAUACAAUUAAGUGUAAAAUUUGCAAUAUCGAAGAAACAGCAAGAUCUAAAUAUAGAAGUGAUAUCGCGAGCAGCGGAAGCCGUAGAGGAAAUGGUCGGUUGCAAGGUGCAGAAUCGAUGACUACUAAUUGCGAAAAAAUAGUUUCAUAUCAACUUUUGAAGAACCAUGGGUUCGUCGUAUAGAGAUGUCUUCAAAUUGUACGAUUUAAUACAGAGUGGAGAUUCGAGAUCAGUGGAGAGUUUUCUAAGUGAAAAUCGAAUAAAUAUAAAUGUGAUAUUACCUUGUAAAGGCAUUGGUGUGUUACAUUUGGCUGUUGGUAUUGAGCCUUUAGAGAAAUCAAAAGAGUGCACAGAAGUAUUACUCAAGCAUGGAGGUAAUCCCAAUUUAUGUACUGAUGACGGUGUAACCCCAGUCCACAUAGCAGCCAUAUGGGGCCGAGUGCAGAACCUGAAGCUCCUUCUUGGCUGCGGAGGAGACCCGUCCCGGCUCGACCUGGACGGCCACUCUGCCUUCAACUAUGCAGCUCGGGAGGAACAGUGGGAGGUGUACGACUACCUACACAAUGUGGUGGACCAACUGGAUGAUACCUUUGGAUCACCUUGCGCAUAUACUUUAGAUUUAGAUAAAGUGCUAAUGACAACAGACCAAGUGGUCGCCGAAUACGAGCCCGUCAUCAACAACCCCCUCCACCAUGUGUCCACCUGCAGGAGGUCCGAGAUGGUCCGCGACUGGUGUGAGAAGACCAGCCUCGUCAUGAACAACCUCUACCCCACCAUACUCGGAGAACGCCUGCUAGAGGACGAAUCAGCGCCAUGGGACACUAAUCUCACCAAAAACACUUUUGAUCUCAAGGAUAGAACUAAUGACACUAGGACAAGCUACAAAACAUGCACCAGCAGACCAGUGGAAAUAGAAAUAAGCGGCGUACAAAGACUCGAAGACACUGUCGAUGAAAAAUCAUGCUCUUGCCAAGACACUAAAGAUUAUAAAAAACAACGCAUGAGCGUAUACGAAAAUUUUUCGCUACCCGGCUCGCCUAACAGUAUUACACACAUAAAUUAUAAAACAAAGACAAGUUUGAAAAAAUGUAAGACACAAUUAAGUUCUGAUAUGCGAAGAUUGACUUUAGAUGAUUCUCACUCGUUAUUGACUGAAGAUAAUUCACAAAUGGACAAAGCAUUGGUUAUGGUUCAGAAUAAGACUAAUGAGUGGUUAUGUAACCACAAUGAUACAGACAUUGGGGCCAUGAAUACCAGGAGAUCAUCGGCCAGCAGUGGCGUGAGCAGCAAUUUCUCAGGAGGCAGUAUAGUUCUAGCAAAUGUGCAAGAAGAGUAUAAAUAUCAGGAUGAAGAGGAAGAUGUGGUGUUGAUUGAGAAGAGGCUACUUGUUUCGUCUGUUGUUCUUCCAGUAGACGAAGCAGCUGACACAACUGCGGACCAAACAAUAGUAUCCGUAGCUUCCUCAUUACCAGCUUCCGUUGUUUAUGACAGUAACAGCCUUAGAGCAGAACUGGUCAAGCUGGGAUUCAAACCUGGACCCAUACAAGACAGCACCAAAACUCUCUACUUGAAGAAACUACAAGCACUCAAGAAACAACCCAUUGUUGUCAAGAAGCAGGGCAAAACAUACAGUAUAGAACUUGAAAAAUCCUUGCGCACAAGUGACUGGAUGAACAACCUAGCACCAUACAUUGAGCUGGAGACCAAAGCGCGCACCGACUUUACCAAUUCCAACAAGAAAUGGCGUGAAGGCACGGCGAAAACUUCCUUCACGUAUUUACUACUGGACCCCAGGCUAACGCAGAACUUACCGGCCAAAGCUGGGACGCAGAAUCACCAUAUUUCCUGGGUCACCUUUAUCAACUCGAUAUUUUACGUUGGAAAAGGUAAACGUUCCCGCCCAUACUCCCACCUGUACCAAGCCCUAACCCUCUGGAAGCGGGACUUCACCACCUCCAACGACAAGAAGGUUCAGCACAUCCUCGACAUCUGGUCAGACAAGGUCGGUGUCGUCUGUCUGCACAUCUUUCAAAACGUCAUCCCAGCAGAAGCUUACACGUACGAGGCGGCCAUGAUUGAUGUCCUAGGUCUUCCGAAUUUGAAAAAUUUAAAGAGUGGAAAUUAUUACGGCGUCGCGGCGUCCUGGCCGUUGAAAGAUAGACGGAUGCUAGGGUUGUACCUUUUGUACAAGGCCAUGCUUAUAUUUUUGAACGAAGGCGAGAGACAGUUGAGGCCUGAUGAUAUAGAUUAGGACUUAGGUGUACCUACUACCUACUCAACGAUAGGCCAGUGAUUGGCAGUGAGAUGUUGACUGCUGCAGUUCGAAAGGGCGACAUUAAACUUGGAGCUAAUUUUAUUUCUAAUUCGGUUUUUUGUUUCAAUUAUUUUAGAUAAAAAUACGAAACGUUCCUAUUUUAGUGCAAUAAAAAUUGUAACUUAUCAAUGUUUGUACAAUUACCAUUGAGUAAUAAAACAUGACAACCAGUGCAAAUGAUUGCUUUAUGGUUUCAAAAGACAACGUGUCCUAAAUAGGGCAUAUUAUUUUUAUAGACAAAGGCAUACUUGCCUCCUAUAUAUACUUAGUCGAAAUAAGUGUCAUAAAAACGACAUUCACGUAUUUUACAACACUGUCGCUCCGUCGUCUGUUGCAGUCAAAAAUCUAGCUUUAGCUUCGAACUUAACAGUAUUUAUUUUAACGUCAAAGGACAAGCUUUACUGUGAACAGUGAUUAUUUUUAUUAUUUAGCAUUAUUUGUAAGUUUUUGAGUAAGUGUAUUGAAGAUGUUAUGUCAUAGUAUUUAAUUACGAGUAGUAUUUAAAUAUCGAAAAAAUCAAUUGUGUCUCUAUUGAAUAGGUUUAGGCGCGAUUUAGCAUUUAAUUUUUUUUUUGCGUAAAGGCGCUUAUAUAUAAGUUAUAAAAGUCUUCCUAGAAGUAGACUACCUUACUUUUCCUUUCAAAUACUUCAAGUCAAAGAUAUGCUAAUUUCAUAAAUUCAAAUAAAUUGACUUGACAAAUCUUAAGAGCUGAAAUAGAUAUCAUACACUAAAGAAAAUGUGACCAAGUCCACCGGUGGCCGAGUGGUGGUGAAUAUUUUCAUAAAAUCAUUUGAUUUGUUCCCUAGUUGGAAAUCUUAAGAGAUUUUUCAAAUUAAUAUCUUAACCACAAAGUGUAAGAUUUUAUUAACUAUUAACGCUUAUAGCACUUACCUUUAAAUAACAAUAUUUUAGACAUCGUCACUGGUUUGAAGCCUACAUUUAGCAACCAACACUGUAUUAUAACAACCAAAGAAAUAUUUUUAUAAGACGCAUUAGAGAAGUAAUUUUCUAAGCUGAAAGACCAACAUAACAUCAAAAUAAGCAGAACUUAUGAUCAGGACUAUCUUUUCAAUUAUUCGCGUUGAAAAUUGCUUAAAGGUCUCCGGUAAGCUCGGUUCUCCAUACAAAUGUAGUUACUCUCUCAUUUUAAACAAGUAGCUAGUUUGCUCUGAAACUGUACUUUUUUUUUAAUUCAUUUAUAAACUUUGUACUUACAAUAGGAUAAGGUAUAUCUAUGUAUGUUUAGUUUAUGUAGCUUCAGAUACCAUAGUUAUAAAAAUACAUCGAAUUUAAGUUUUUCGUACAAAACUUAUUUUGGCUCUAUUUCGUUUGGGUUAUAAACUCAUGUGACUCAUGUCAUUGUAUGUGCAAAGUUUCAUUACAAUCCAACACGUAGUUUUAAAAUGAGAACGAAACUCCGUUUGUAUGGGAAGGUCAAAUUCGGCCAAGCUUGCGUUUUUAAGUAGCAUCCAGUAUUACGCCCUUUGCGUACUGUUUAAUCAUAGCGGGUCAUAUUUAUACAACCUUCCAAGGUCUUAACGCAGUCUGACAUCUGUCACUUAUUUUUCAGUCACUGUUCGUAAUGAAAUUAUCUUAAUUAAUGCACUCACGCUUAUACUCUGCUCGCCCACAAACCAAAAUUUGGCAAGACAAAUACAAUUCUGAUUUGUCAAACUAAAGAUUCAAAAUACAAUGGAAUGGGAUACCCUGGGAGGCUAGAGGAUAUAACUUGCGCGAAGUAUGCUCAAGCUUAAUACAUAAGUUUCCAGUCUACAUUCACGUGGCAAGUAACUGAAGGAGUGUAACUUGUACUAGCCUACUAUACAUUGCUCCGGGACCGUGUAGGCAUCAGCGUCCGUCAUAGGUAUAGUAUGAAUCUUCUCAAAUGAUUUUUACGCCUAAGACCCUAAUCUGUUAAACAAAAGCCAUUGUUUCGUUUCUGUGUACGGUCGGCGAUUGUGUCUGAGCGCGUGGCACGCUCUCGGCCAUUUUGUCUGAGCGCGUGCUAUUAUGUCUGUGUGUGUGUGUAUGUGCUGUGGCAUGCAAUGGCCGACCUCAGAAAAGAAACAAUGGCUUUUGUUUAACAGAUUAGGGUUAAAAAUAAUUUGAGAAGAUUCAUACUAUAGUGACCCCAGUGUACACAAACUUUUAUUCAGGGUUGUACACAACCUUGAGCAUUCUGUUCGCGCAAGUAGCCCGCGGCUUUACAUGUUCCACCUAAAUGCGCCGUGUGCAAGUACAAUACCUUAUAAAGUCGAGCAAAACGAAGAAGCACGGCCGCACCAUCCUUUUCUCGAAGCUAUUCAAGCUAUUUUCAACCUUCUGUAAUUUUGUGCUGGCUAAAGCUAGAACCCUGCAUUUUUAGUGACUUAUUAUCAUAUGUUUUUUUCGAAACAUUAUCAUUUCUACUCAGAGGUCACACUGCGUUUCUAAUCUCUCGAUAUUCCUAAUCGAUAUCUAUCGAUUACUUUUAGCAACACAUUUAACUGACGAUAGAACUGCUGAUUCCUUAUCCCAUUGCUGUAAGAUUAUGGAAUACAUAAUGUGUAUUCAAUUGACAUCUGUUUUGACGUGCGAGAAAAGCCUUUCUUUUGUUAGGUAUUAAGAGAUUAUUAACCCCUUUAAUUUUGCUAGUAAUUUAUUUUAUUGCCACUAUUGUAUUUUACUUAAGAAUUAAGCUUUAAUUGUACUUAAUAACAACAACUUGUAAAGAAAUGCAAUAACUUAUAAGUUACCGUGCACUUUUAACUGUAUGUACAUGUACCUAUUUAAAACUCAUUCCUAGUCAAACAUCACAAUUUUUAACGUUAAGGCAAUGUAUUUUGACAAUAAUAAGAUUUCUUAGUAUUUAUUAAGCAUUGUAAGAACUUUUUAAAAUAAAUAAAAACCCAUUUUCUAAGAAAUAA